AGGCAUAUAAGCAAAAAACAAAAAAAAAAAAAACAAUCUUUGAAGAGCAUCUCAAGACCGUUGUGUUUUGUUUUAUUCCCUUGCUCAGUCUUGGUAUUUUGAACAAAAUAAAAACGCGUCAAACGUACACGCCCGCGCACCUGCGUCUUUAACAUUGCAGUGAUGAUGUCAGCUGAUCCUUCGGGUUUUCUGCUCCGUAUCCGUGUGAAAACAAGGGAAUGAGUAAAUCAGCUGUUUACAUGACACAGCUCUGAUCUCCGAGUCACAGAUGUAAAUACAGAUGGAUGAAAUUAGUCGCGUUGACUGGGACUGUUUAACGUUGCGCAUCUCGCCGGUUUGUUUUAAUGUUGUGUCUGACGAAUGAAAGCCCAUGCGGAUGUAACUUAUAUCAGUCGACACUGAUUAUUUUGAGAUCUUUUCGGAGGUCAUCUGUAACUCUACAGUGAUGUUGUGAAGGGGAGCUGAUUCAUCCAGACAGCGCCAGCUCUUCACGCGCAUUUCCUGUUUUAUAUGGUAAAUCAUGUACACUCCGGCAGCCGAUACGGGAGUGACAGUGGUUGAGAAGGAUGCGGCUCUGAACAGUGCAUACUCACCUGUGGACUACAUGAGCAUCACCAGCUUCCCAAGACUACCAGAAGAUGAUGUUUCAACCGACAACACCCUCAAAUCACGCAAAGAUGACGAUAACUUCCUCAGUGAGCAGGACACAGAGCCUGAUCUGUUUCUGAAUUCAGCCCGACUGCAGCGGCUGCCCUCUUCUGCCUCUGACUUGGCCAGGCAUGACAUCUCUCCACUGAGAGAGACCACCAGAGACCCGCUGGCACAGGAUUGCGCGUGCACACGUGAUGGUCUGACCGUCAUCAUCACUGCCUGCCUGACCUUUGCCACCGGGGUCACCGUGGCCCUCAUAAUGCAGAUAUACUUCGGAGACCCACAGGUGUAUAAUCAAGCUGCAGUAGUGACAGAUGUGGCCCACUGCACGUCUCUUGGCUUUGACGUACUGGGCAAACAAGGGUCCAGUGUUGAUGCUGCCAUAGCCGCUUCCCUCUGCCUGGGCAUCAUCCAUCCCCACACCUCAGGCAUCGGCGGUGGUGGCGUGAUGCUCGUCCAUGACAUGCGAAACAAUGAGAGCCGGAUCAUUGACUUCCGUGAGACGGCACCCUCUGGUAUUCACGAGGACAUGAUGUUAAAUCUUAAUCAAAGGUCAGGUCUGUCAGUGGCUGUUCCAGGCAUGCUCAGCGGACUACAUCAAGCUCAUCAGCUGUAUGGAAGAAUGUCAUGGAAGGAUGUCAUCACUAUGGCUGCAGAUGUGGCAAGGAAUGGAUUCAACAUUACGCAUGAGCUGGCUGAUGCGUUGUCUAAAGUGAAGGAGCAAAAUGUUUCGGAUGCAUUCAGAAAUCUGUUCCUGCCUAAAGGUCAGGCUCCACUCGCAGGAUUUUUCAAUAAACGGCUGGAUUUAGCUGCCAUUUUGGACAGGAUCGCAGCCAAUGGAAUCUCAGAGUUCUACAAUGGGAAUCUGACUCAGGAAAUGACAUCAGUGGUUCAAGCUAAAGGAGGUGUGCUGACAGAGGAUGAUUUCAAAAACUACUCCACUAUCAUAGAGAAGCCACUGCAAACUCUUUACCAGGGCCACCAGGUGUUUGUUCCUCCUCCACCCCAUGCGGGAGCCGCCCUCCUCUCCGCUCUCAACAUCCUGGAGGGAUUUAACAUCACAAGCCAGGUGUCCAGGAGCCAAAUUUACCACUGGAUAGCUGAGUCACUGAAGAUUGCAUUGUCUCAAGCCAGUGGACUGGGAGACUCCAUGUUUGAUUCCUCUGUUUCUGAGUUGGUGGCAGAGAUGCUAAGUAAAACCCGGGCCGCUGUUCUCCGCCAAAUGAUCAGCGAUUCGCUUGCGUCACCCGCCGAACAUUACGUCCCAUCAUACGAGGUGCAGGAGGGUGCUGUUGCCAGCCAGCUCAUGAUCAUGGGCACUGAUGACUUGAUAGUGUCUGUUAUGAGCUCGCUAAACCGGCCGUUUGGAAGUCGUAUUGUGACUCCCUCUGGGAUUCUCCUUAACAGUCAAAUUCUGGACUUCUCUUGGCCCAAUAAAUCCCAUGGCUCAGCAGCAUUCAAUCAGCGUAACAGCGUCGAGCCGGGCAAGAGGCCGGCCUCUUUCCUGACGCCCGUGGCCGUGAGACCAUCCUUAGGGCUGUGCGGCACCUACAUCGCUCUGGGCUCCUCUAACGGCGACCGCGCCCUGAGUGGCAUCGCUCAGGUUUUGAUUAAUGUUUUGUCAUCACGCAAAAACAUGAGUGACAGUGUGUCGUACGGGAGACUCCAUCCUCUCAUCCAGAACAACACCCUCCUGCUGGACUCUAAUUUUCUGGAGGCAGAUGUGAUGUCUCUGAUACAGAAGGGCCAUGAUGUGCAGAAGGUGGACAUCAUCUCGCUGGUGGAAGGAACCCGCAGGACCAACGACCUGAUCAUCGGCGUGAAGGACCCGCGCAGCACCGACGCCUCUGCGAUGUCCAUGUCCAUGCCCUAGAUUCACACACAUUCACACGCUCUGGAGUUUGUAGAUGGUCGCAGUCAUACUGUUUGUGCACUAAAUGGGCUGGUUAUGAGGUUGUAAAGUCCUAAGGACAGAGUAAAGCGAGUAAACACUCCUCUUAAGGAAAAUAGAUGGAAAUGAGCCACAAACACAGAGAAAAACAGCUUGCAUGCGCACAUGAUAAUGACAGCUUGUGAAAGGCAGUAAGACUGCAGUGUUUUUCAUUAUUUACCUAAAGAUUUCAAGAACUACACUUCAUGACACUGGUAUGUUAUCACGCAAGACAGGAUUGUGAUAUAGUUUGAGCAUGUAAACUGCUCUGACACAUACAGUACCUGUCAAAACAUUUGGACAUGACUACUCAUUAUUUACUGAGGCAUGAGAAUUAUGCAUUGAUGAGAAAAUAGAGCUGCACGAUUCUAGCAAAAUUGACAUAAUUUUUUUAAACAGAUGAUUCUAAAUAGACAACUAAAAUAACGUCAUUUACUAGAGAUUCUGACAAAAUGUUAAUUUAGCUGUAGUCUAUUUAAAAAUAUUUAAUUAAUUUGAAUACUUCUUUUAAUCGGUUGAAUGAAUGAUUCAUUAGGUGCUUUCAAUUUGAAGUGGCGCUGCAUGGAUCGAUCAGUGUAUGACAUCAAAGUAUCCCGAGAGCCAUUAGAGAGUAGAUGGCUUGGUACGGUAUGCUUUCGAAUCGCUCUCGCGGUACUUUGAUAAUAUACACCGAUCAAUCUGCGCUGCGCAGCGCCGCUUCAAGUCAAACACACCUAAUGGCUCGCUCAAAAAGACUUAACUUGUUUCAUUAUUGAAUGAAUCAGUGUUUUUGAAGAAUCUCUUGAAUGAAUGAUUCAAUGACUCACUCAUAAAUACUUCACUUGUUUCAUUACUGAAUGAAUCAGCAUUUCUGAAGAAUUUCUUGAAUGAAUGAU